AUGGCAAAAACCAUGACUUUGUGGUAUCUUUUGCUCGCCCUUUCCUUCGUUUAUGCUGCCACUGCUGAUACUCAAAUCAAAGUUACUAACAACCCUGCUGACAAGUUGGUAGCUGCAAUAAACGAAAACAGAACUGCUCACAAGGUAUCAACCUUAACUGACAACCCGGGUCUUGCAUGUAUUGCUCUACAAUACAUUAAGGCAUACCAAGGUGAUUGUAAUGCUGUGGGUGGACCUGAUGGCAAGAAACCUCCGGAAUCUCAAUUUGCCGAAGUUUUUGCUCCAAACUGCGGUGUUGAGGCAUCAAGUCUUGCUCCUAUAACUGGUCGUUUUCUGGGGUGCCAGACUAAAUAUGUACAUGCACCUGAGGCAUUUUCUGAAAUCCUCAUAAGGAACCAAAAGAGCCUAGACAUACUCUACAGUAAGAAUCACACUCAGGUUGGUGCUGCUGUGACAGGUACUGAUGGAGGGUCUCCUUAUUUUUGGUGUGUGCUGUUUAGCAGUGGCAAACUUAACAAUACCUUUACUUUUGAGGGUGGUGUAGCUAAAAUAACAAAGCCUGGUUGCUUUAGUGGAGCGAAUGAUGAGUGCAGCGGGGCCAGUGAUUGGUCACCACCCAAUGGGAUGUGGGUAUUCGCCACUUCAGUUCUGAUUGCAACGGGGUUUGGUUUAGCAUUAUGA